GUCCGGUUUAGGGAGUUCUUCUCCCACCACUGCUUACUGUUAUCGCCGGCGUUCUGCAACUCCCCAAAGAAGCAAAAAUGCACGGAGACGCUACGAAUUGGAACGAGGAUGAGUACAGAGAAGCGAUUCUCAAGGAACGAGAGAUACAGACGCGCACCGUCUUUCGAACCGCCUGGGCUCCUCCGUCGAGAAACCCUAACCCAGACGCCUUUGUCGUCGCUUCCAGCGACGGAACCCUAGCUUUACACUCGACGAACUCGCUUGUUUCCCAAACGGCGGCGUUUGGGUACUCGAAAGGUGAGGACUUUAUGGUGGCUGUACCUGAGGGAUUGGUUAGGGCACACGAAGGACCAGUGUAUGAUGUCAAGUUCUAUGGAGAAGACGAGGAUGCUUUGCUCCUCAGUUGUGGGGAUGAUGGUAGAGUUAGAGGAUGGAAAUGGAGAGACUUUGCUGAUUCUACAGAGAACCAUGUCAAGCCAUUACUUGAAUUGACUAAUCCACAACACAAAGGUCCUUGGGGUGCUCUUUCGCCAAUGCCCGAGAUCAAUGCCAUUUCUGUUGAUCCUCAGUCAGGAAGUGUAUUUACCGCUGCUGGUGAUUCUUGUGCAUAUUGUUGGGACUUGGAGAGUGGUAAAAUAAAAAUGACCUUUAAGGGGCACUCAGACUAUCUGCAUUGUCUAAUUUCACGUAGUUCUGCAAGUCAGAUAUUGACGGGUUCGGAGGAUGGGACGGCAAGAAUCUGGGAUUGCAAAACAGGGAAAUGCAUUAAAGUGAUUGGUUCCCAGGAAAAAAAGUCCCGGUUUCGCAUUAGUUCGAUGGCUCUCGAUGAAAGUGAAAGCUGGUUGGCGUGUGGACAGGGUAAAAAUAUUGCUGUAUGGAAUCUUCCUGCCUCAGAAUGCGUAUCAACAAUAUUCUCCACAGCACAUGUGCAAGAUGUGAUGUUUGAUGAAAAGCAGAUAUUGAGUGUAGGAGCAGAACCACUUCUAAGGCGUUUCGACUUAAAUGGAGCUUUACUUUCUCAAAUUCAGUGUGCUCCUAGUUCAGCAUUUUCAGUUUCUUUGCAUCCAGCAGGAGUAGUUGCUGUGGGAGGCUAUGGAGGUCUUGUUGAUGUCAUCUCUCAAUUUGGAAGCCAUCUCUGCACGUUUCGUAGUAGCUCAUUGUGAAUCUCUUUUAGAGUUCUUCGGUUUCGCUCAAUAACCCUAAAAGAGAUAUUAAAAAUAAGGAUGCAAAAGGUUUUUUGUGAGCCAGAUUAUUAGCCUUUCUUAGGUUCUUGUCCCUGGAAAGUAGUCCAAAAUUUCGUCCGUUUCACAAAUGUCCUUUGUGGUUAGUGGAAAGUGUAGUGUUUUUGGUCCGGUUCGAUUUAAUUUGACUAUAGACCAAAUUAUUGAGACCGAUUGGUGGUUCAGUAUCGAAUUGAAAGUCUUUGGAAUGGGUCGGUUUAGUCUGAUAACUUAGAUAUGGUAGUAUGAAUGUGAGAAACUUAAUGAACUUUCCUUUUGACUUUCAAUUGUUG